AUGGGAGAUAGUGAACCAAUGGUUGCACAAACAUCUGUGGCCGAGCCUUAUCCAUUGGACGGUUACAAUAACACCGCUUCCAAUCCCGUUCCCGAAACGGGUUCUACUGCUGUUGCCGAGCUUGCAGGAGAAGCUGCUGCUCAGGCUAACUCAAGCUAUGAGCUUCCUUAUUCGGGUGAUGGGAGUGCGUAUCCUGCUGGGGGUCCUGAUUCUGUACAACAAGCUCAAUUUAGUGCUGUCAAUGAGUCUAAGCAAGAUAUUGGAGUGCCUGACGCUAAUGAUGCCUCCGGUGUGGUUGGAAUGGAAGCUGCAGAGUCUGCCAUGGUUUCUAGUGACCAUUCGUCUGUAAAUGGUGGGGUUGAUACAAGUGGACUUGAAAAUGGAAAUGCACCGGAGAAUGUUGAUAGUUCAGCUGAUGAGAAACAACUUACAGAUGCUUAUGCAGCUGUGUUGUCUGCUGAAGAAGAUCGAUUGUGGAGCAUUGUAACAGCUAAUUCUUCAGAUUUUACUGCUUGGACUUCUCUGAUUGAAGAAACAGAGAAGGUUGCAGAGACCAACAUUUUGAAGAUUCGGAGAGUCUAUGAUGCUUUCCUAGCAGAAUUCCCUUUGUGUUAUGGGUAUUGGAAGAAGUAUGCUGACCAUGAGGCGCGCCUUAGCUCUGCUGAUAAAGUUGUUGAAAUUUAUGAACGUGCUGUUCAAGGGGUUACAUAUUCGGUGGACAUGUGGUUGCAUUAUUGCAUAUUUGCCAUAAGCACCUAUGGGGAUUCAGAUACAGUUCGUAGGCUUUUUGAACGAGGAUUAGCUUAUGUUGGAACAGAUUAUCUUUCGUUUUCUCUUUGGGAUAAAUACAUUGAAUAUGAGUACAUGCAGCAAGACUGGGCGCGCCUUGCGGUGAUUUACACCAGAAUAUUAGAGAAUCCAAAUCAGCAGUUGGAUCGGUAUUUCAGCAGCUUCAAGGAGUUGGCUAGUAAUCGACCUUUGUCAGAAUUACGGACAACUGAGGAAGCUGCUGCAGUGGCAGAUGCUGUUUCAGAGGCUAUUGAACAAGGUGUUGAAGGAGAGGUUCGUCCCAAUGCUGCUGAGAAUUCUCCUAAACAUGUGAGUGCUGGAUUAACUGAAGCAGAAGAGUUGGAGAAGUAUAUCACCAUUAGAGAAGAGAUGUAUAAGAAAGCAAAAGAGUUUGAUUCUAAGAUCAUCGGAUUUGAAACAGCAAUCAGGAGGCCCUACUUUCAUGUACGUCCUCUUAAUGUUGGGGAGCUUGAGAAUUGGCAUAGCUAUCUGGACUUUAUAGAAAGAGAAGGUGACUUAAGCAAGAUUGUCAAGUUGUAUGAGAGAUGUGUCAUUGCUUGUGCUAAUUAUCCCGAGUACUGGAUACGCUAUGUUUUGUGUAUGGAAGCUAGUGAAAGUAUGGAUCUUGCAAAUAAUGUUCUUGCUCGGGCGAGCCAAGUCUUUGUCAAGAGACAACCUGAGAUACAUAUUUUUUGUGCUCGGUUCAAGGAGCAGGCGGGAGAUAUAGUGGGUGCUAGAGCCGCGUAUCAUCUUGUGCACACUGAAAUUUCUCCAGGCCUUCUUGAAGCAAUAAUCAGGCAUGCCAAUAUGGAACAUCGAUUGGUAUGCUGA